AGGCUGAUCUCUGGGAUUAGGGGGUUUCUGGAGCGAGGAUCGGGGGGGGGGGAGGGGAUAAAGAUGGGAGGGGAGGGGAGGAUCUCCAGGUGGAAAUCUGGCUGCCAUGUUUCAACUUACUGGGCCUCAAACGAGCUUAGUUCCUGGGUUUAAAAGAGGAAAGUUGACCCUGAGCUGCUUUGGGUUUUGGGCUGGCAAGUGGGUGCGGCCAGCUCCCUCCUUGGCAGCCUGGAGGCUAGAAUGGUUUGCUCUGGUAGAGGCUGGAUGGAAGCGUGUCCCUCCCGCCCUUCCCUCGCCAGAAGGGUUAAACUCCAGCAGCAACAGGCACCUUCCACCUAGGCUGGCCCUGCUGCCCUCGGGCUCCCAAAAGAGCUGCGGCAGGUGGAUGAUAAUGAGAUGGGACUCAUCUGGGCCAGCACAGCGACCCCCGCCCUCCCCGCCUGCUCUUCCCUGCACAGCACAGCCUGUGGGAGUCUCUUCUUCAGACUCUCACUUCUCGUGCAGUGUGAUCAGAGUGGAAAGGAUCGGGGAGCCCUGUCCCCCUGGGGGUGGCGGAGCAAGGCUGGCCACAUCUAGAUUGAGGUCUCAAGGGACUGCAGCCUAGAUUGGGCCCCAGGUCCUCACCAGGGCUGGCUUCACUGCCCGAGGUGCUGGCUGCUAAAACCACACUGCUUCCCAACACAGGGUCAAGGUGGGAGGCCAGAGCACGGCUGACUUCCCCACUGGGCUCUGCCUUCCUCAGGAGGUAACUUGAGACCUGGCUGAGACCAAAAAAGCCACUGCCCUUUAGAGCCAGCUGUAUAGGAGCAGGCCAGGCCUGAGCGGGGGAGGGAGGAGGAGCUGCAGCUGCUGGUCACCCCAGACCUUCCUGCCCUGCACCCAGCACAGGUGAGGGUCAGAGGCAGGGCUCUCAGGGACACGGAACCAGCCCUCCUGACCAUGGGAGGGGCAGUGGUCGACGAGGGCCCGACAAGUGUCAAGGCCCCAGAUGGGGGCUGGGGCUGGGCCAUCCUUUGGGGCUGUUUUGUCAUCACAGGCUUCUCCUACGCCUUCCCCAAGGCGGUCAGCGUCUUCUUCAAAGAGCUCAUACGAGAGUUUGGGAUAGGCUACAGUGACACCGCCUGGAUCUCCUCCAUCCUGUUGGCCAUGCUGUACGGGACAGGCCCGCUCUGCAGCGUGUGUGUGAAUCGCUUUGGCUGCCGGCCGGUCAUGUUCACAGGUGGCCUCUUGGCGUCCCUGGGCAUGGUGUCUGCAUCCUUCUGUGGAAGCAUCAUCCAGCUCUACCUCACCACUGGGGUCAUUACCGGCUUGGGUUUGGCGCUCAACUUCCAGCCCUCACUCAUCAUGCUCAACCGCUACUUCAACAAGCGGCGCCCCAUGGCCAACGGGUUGGCGGCAGCGGGCAGCCCGGUGUUCCUGUGCGCCCUGUCCCCGCUGGGGCAGGUGCUGCAGGACCACUAUGGCUGGCGGGGCGGCUUCCUCAUCCUGGGUGGCCUGCUGCUCAACUGCUGCGUCUGUGCUGCACUCAUGCGGCCCCUGGAGGCGCCCCGGCUGGGUUCAGGUUCGGGGCCUGGGCCCCAGCGGCCGUCCCGGCGGCUGCUGGACCUGAGCGUCUUCAGGGACCGCGGCUUUGUCAUCUAUGCCCUGGCCGCCUCCAUCAUGGUGCUGGGGCUCUUCGUGCCGCCCGUGUUCGUGGUGAGCUACGCCAAGGACCUGGGUGUGCCCGACACCCAGGCGGCCUUCCUGCUCACCAUUCUGGGCUUCAUUGACAUCUUCGCGAGGCCCACCGCCGGCUUCAUCACAGGGCUCAAGAAGGUGCGGCCCUACUCUGUCUACCUCUUCAGCUUCGCCAUGUUCUUCAACGGCUUCACCGACCUCACGGGAUCCACAGCCAGCGACUAUGGUGGCCUGGUGGUCUUCUGCAUCUUCUUCGGCAUCUCCUACGGCAUGGUGGGGGCCCUGCAGUUCGAGGUACUCAUGGCCAUCGUGGGCACCCAGAAGUUCUCCAGUGCCAUUGGCCUCGUGCUGCUGCUGGAGGCCAUAGCUGUGCUCAUUGGGCCCCCGUCGGGAGGCAAGCUGCUGGAUGCGACGCACGUGUACCAGUAUGUGUUUGUCCUGGCGGGGGCUGAGGUGCUGGCCUCCUCCCUCGUGCUGGUGCUGGGCAACUUCUUCUGCAUUGGGAAGAUGCCCGAGGCGGCCACGGAGGAGGAGCAUCACAAGCCCCCCGAGGACGUGAGGGUGGACUCCCGGGAGGUGGAGCACUUCCUGAAGACAGAGCCUGAGAAGAACGGGGAGCUCGUUCACACCCCAGAAACGAGCGUCUGAGUGGGGGGAGGCCAGCAGGGGUGGCAGGGAACUGGACAGAAACCAUCAACGCUCGUAUUUAUUUCACAAACAGGACUAGCUUGGGCGGGGCCGUUGGCUCCACGCCGGCCGCCCGGGCAGCGGAUCAUCGCCCGAUCAGUGUUUUUCAGGGGAGGUGGCAGGGUGGGAACGUGUCAUUCCAAGGUGGAUCUGUGGUGAAGCCAAACCGUGAGGUUAUGAGCCGUCUGCACCAGGGACCCCACGUGCUGACCCCAGGGAGCCCGGUGCCCACCGCUGGGCUCAAGGACCCAGAGACCCAUGCUUUGGAGACAACAUGAUUUUAAUCAGGGGGUGGGGCCGGGGACAGCUGUGGAGCGGGCACUGCCACGACAGGCCUCCCUGCCUGCCCGUGAGCGCCCCAUCCUGCCGGGUCUCCCCAUGCGCCCCAGCCCACCCGUCUUUGAGCAUCCAGUGGACAAAGCUCCCUCCUUCACCUCUGAACUAAACCUGCAUGUGGGAGGCACCUUCUCAGAAGGAAUAUCUUCCAGGAGCUGCAGGAGUCUUGCUCUAUGUAGGGGCAGUAGUCUAACUGUUCACCCCAAAUCUCACUUUCUCAACAAAGAGCCUGGUUAUUUUUACAAAGUGGUUCUGGUCCUUGUCAGCCACAUCAGCCUUCUAAGCACUGCUGGUUCUGGACCCUGCCCUGAUGGACCCCAAACGGCUCGGAGUGUUCACACAGCACCCUGGUGGCUGGCAGGGAAGGGGCCACGCUGCAGGGGUGUGUCCGCUGAAGCUGAGAUAUACAUGUGGUUUCUGUUCACUGGUGUGUGUUUAAAGAAAAUGAUCUGC